CUAUCUUUUUUUUUUUGGUUAAAAAAAAAACGGAAGCAAAGAGACAUGUGAAUGUUGUUGUGUCUUUUCCUAAGUUCUUUGAAGGAGAAUAUGAGGUUGGGAUUAAUCUCAAUUCAUCAACGAAUCUGAUUCCGUCACUUUGUUCUUGCCUCUUUCUUCUCCUUCUCCAUUUCUUCUCUUUCUCUCCUUCAAUAUUCAUAUUUGGUUGAUUAUUUCUUUAGUAGUUGUAGAAGCUUCGUAAGCAGCAAAAACUAAAAGAUAUGAAGCAACUCUGGGCUUUGUUGUUCUUGUCUUGCCUUUGUACUGGAUUGUUCACAAAAGCACAUUCUGAGAAACCAAAAGUUGUAAAAAUCGGUUCUAUAUUCAGUUUUGAUUCAGUGAUCGGCAAAGUUGCUAAGAUUGCUAUUGAUGAGGCAGUGAAAGAUGUGAAUUCAAACCCAGACAUUCUCAGAGGAACAAAGCUUUCUGUUUCGAUGCAAAACUCUAAUUGCAGCGGUUUUAUGGGCAUGGUUGAAGCAUUGCGGUUUAUGGAGAAGGAUAUAGUUGGGAUCAUAGGACCACAAUGUUCUGUAGUUGCUCAUAUGAUAUCUCAUAUGGCAAACGAACUUCAUGUGCCUCUUCUUUCGUUUGCUGUUACGGAUCCUGUAAUGUCGCCGUUACAGUUUCCGUAUUUUAUUAGGACGACUCAGAGCGAUUUAUACCAGAUGGAUGCUAUUGCUUCUAUUGUUGAUUUCUAUGGUUGGAAAGAAGUAAUUGCUGUGUUUGUCGAUGAUGAUUUCGGAAGGAAUGGUGUGGCUGCGUUGAACGAUAAGCUUGCGAGUAGGAGAUUGAGAAUUACUUAUAAGGCUGGUUUACAUCCCGAUACCGUUGUGAAUAAGAAUGAGAUCAUGAACAUGCUAAUUAAGAUCAUGUUGCUUCAGCCGAGGAUUAUUGUGAUACAUGUUUACUCGGAAUUGGGUUUUGCGGUUUUUAAGGAGGCUAAGUAUCUUGGAAUGAUGGGAAAUGGGUAUGUUUGGAUUGCUACGGAUUGGCUCUCCACGAAUCUUGACUCUUCCUCUCCGCUACCCGCUGAGCGAUUGGAAACUAUUCAAGGUGUUCUUGUUUUGCGUCCGCACACGCCUGAUUCUAGUUUGAAACGGGAGUUUUUCAAGAGGUGGCGCAAGGUUUCCGGUGCUUCUUUGGAUCUUAACACGUAUGCUCUAUAUGCUUAUGAUUCUGUUAUGCUUUUAGUGCGUGGUUUAGAUAAGUUCUUCAAAGACGGUGGGAAAAUAUCGUUUUCUAAUCACUCAAUGCUUAAUACUCUGGGAAAGAGCGGAAAUCUCAACCUCGAAGCGAUGACCGUCUUUGAUGGUGGAGAAACUCUACGUAAAGAUAUCCUCGGAACGCGUAUGGUUGGUUUAACAGGACAGCUUCAGUUCACUCCGGAUAGGUCUAGGACCCGUCCAGCUUAUGAUAUAAUCAAUGUGGCCGGAACCGGUGUUCGCCAAAUAGGCUACUGGUCAAAUUAUUCUGGUUUAUCAACCAUAUCACCCGAGUCACUCUACACAAAGGAGCAACCAAAUAUGUCUUCUGGUACAACAAGUCAGAAACUAAGGCAUGUGAUUUGGCCGGGAGAAACGUUUACAAAACCUCGCGGAUGGGUUUUCUCUAACAAUGGGAAAGAACUCAAGAUUGGUGUGCCUCGUCGCGUUAGUUACAAGGAGUUUGUAUCACAAAUUCGUGGAACCGAGAAUAUGUUCAAAGGGUUCUGCAUUGAUGUGUUCACAGCUGCAGUGAACCUUUUACCGUACGCAGUCCCUGUCAAGUUUAUUCCAUAUGGAAACGGAAAGGAGAAUCCGAGCUACACGCAUAUGGUUGAGAUGAUAACAACUGGUAAUUUUGAUGGGGUAGUAGGUGAUGUUGCCAUUGUAACUAACCGGACAAAGAUUGUAGAUUUCACACAACCGUAUGCAGCAUCUGGACUAGUUGUUGUUGCUCCUUUUAAAAAACUGAAUUCAGGAGCUUGGGCUUUUCUCCGACCUUUCAAUCGACUUAUGUGGGCAGUCACGGGUUGUUGCUUUCUCUUUGUUGGCAUUGUUGUUUGGAUCUUAGAACAUAGGACUAACGAUGAAUUCAGAGGCCCGCCGAAGAGACAAUGCGUCACAAUUCUUUGGUUUAGCUUCUCGACCAUGUUUUUCGCGCAUAGAGAGAACACAGUUAGUACACUUGGGCGGUUGGUUCUGAUCAUAUGGCUAUUUGUUGUACUAAUUAUCAACUCGAGCUACACGGCUAGUCUUACAUCGAUUCUUACGGUUCAGCAGCUCUCUUCACCCAUCAAGGGAAUUGAAAGCCUUAAAGAAAGGGAUGAUCCGAUCGGGUACCAGGUGGGUUCGUUUGCAGAGAGUUAUUUGAGGAAUGAACUCAACAUAUCAGAGUCACGGCUCGUCCCACUUGGAACACCUGAAGCAUAUGCCAAGGCAUUAAAAGAUGGACCAAGCAAAGGAGGUGUUGCUGCAAUUGUUGACGAGCGUCCCUAUGUCGAACUCUUCCUCUCCACCAACUGCGCCUAUAGGAUCGUCGGUCAGGAGUUCACCAAAAGCGGCUGGGGAUUUGCAUUUCCUAGAGACUCUCCUCUAGCAAUAGAUCUAUCAACAGCGAUCUUAGAGCUGGCAGAAAACGGAGAUUUACAGAGGAUCCAUGACAAAUGGCUAAUGAAGAACGCAUGCACUCUAGAGAACGCGGAGCUCGAAUCAGACAGGCUUCAUCUAAAGAGCUUCUGGGGGCUGUUUCUCAUAUGCGGUGUUGCGUGCCUCCUCGCUCUCUUCCUAUACUUUGUUCAGAUCAUCCGCCAGCUCUAUAAAAAGCCAAGCAAUGAUGCCAUUGCGAGAGAUCAGCAGCAGAAUCAUGACUCCUCCUCCAUGCGCUCCACUCGUCUGCAAAGAUUCUUGUCCCUCAUGGAUGAGAAAGAAGAGUCCAAGCCCGGAAGCAAGAAGAGAAAGAUCGAUGGAUCAAUGAACGAUACUUCAGCAGGAUCGACACGAUCACGAGGAUUCGACAGAGAAAGAAGCUUCAAUUCAGUAAACCCAUUAGAUUGAAAGUGUAGUUACAUAGACAUGCAAUAUUCUUUAACUGAUUAUAAUUUCAAAUUGUAUCCCUAACUGAAAAAUUUAAUUUUUUCUAGACAUUUAUUAUAGUAUAGUAUAUAGUAUUUAUA